AUGGCUGCCCACUCCGAUGCCGGUGCCCAGCAGCAGCAGCAGCAGCAUCAGCCCAACGGCACCCCGACCGACACCCGCUCUGUCGCCGACGAGCCCACGACGCCCCAGGACAAUGGCAUCCUAGCAUUGAACUCGCCGCAUGUCACGCUACCAUCCACCGAAGUCCCCGUCUCUCCCAUCGACCCCAGCCAGUCAUUCAAGACAGAAGUCAACGAUGACCGUCUGGGCUCCUCCGCCGUCAUUCCCUCGUCCCUGACACCGCCUCCCUCCUCGCAGCUUGCUGCCCACGCCGCCAACGGCGCUCUCCAGACUGCAUACGGCGCCUCCCACCGCUCCGCUCUCGUCUCGCCGCCCGCCACCGGCCUCAACCCUUCUGUUCCCCGACGCGACGGUGGCCUCCACACGGACUACGUCCCCCCGGCGCCCCAACAGGUUCUCGAAGCGACGGCCGACGAACUACGGGCCAUGAUGCAGGCGAGCAUCGCCGAGCACGCCAAGCUGAAGAUGGAGGCCGCGCACCACAAGCUACAGUACAACCUGCUCAGCCUCCAGGCCGACGAGGAUGCGAAGCGGGCAGCUGUGGAGCACGAGAUGACCCGACGGGAGAUUGAGGCCCUUAGGACGGCCGAAUACUCGCGCCACGCCGUCCGCGAGCUCAGCGCCGCCUCUGAGUCCGCUCAGAUGAAGUACCUCCAGAUGAAGAUGUGGUACGAGGAGGCCAUGGACGAGAACGACGCUCUCGCCCGCCGCGUCAAGAUGGCCAAGAGGGUCAUUUCACAAAAGGAGGAGGAAAUCAUUGCCUUGACGGAAGAGCGCGACAUGCUCCUCAACCGCAUCCGCGAGAAUCGGGAGCACUUUCAUAUGCUGUGCAGCCCGGGCGGCAUCUUUCACGGUGCCAUGACGCCCAAGCAGCAGACCGUCUCCACGCCCCAGCCGGCUCACCGAACCACCCCGAAGCAGACGCCCCGGUCGGCCAACCGCGGCGAGGCUAGGGUAGACGGCGACCACGGGCCGGAGCCCAUUGCGGCUCUGCUGCAAGCUCUGAGCCAGGACAACAACAACAGCGCGCCUACGACGCCCACCACGGUGGUCAGACCCGCCCCCCGCAUGCCUGCAAAGCACACGCGAAACGCCCAGUCUCUGUCCUCGCUGCCAACGACACCCCUGUCACGCGCCCAGCGCCACGAGCAGCAGUCGGGGCUCCUGCCGUCGGUGAAUCUAGUCCCGCAGAGCGAGCCUCGGCACAGGUACAGCAACGCUCACACGGUUCCUGGCACGCCGCCGCCGGCCAUCCAGCGACGGGUCCAGGAGCGCGCCCGCAAGAGCCGCGAGAGCACCAUCUCGGCCGACGACAACGAGGAGCUCGCGCGCCAGGCCCUCGAGUCCGUCGCCAAGUCGACCUCGUUCCUGGCUCAGUCAUCACGUGCAUCACGCAACGGCCGCCGCCCUCUGCCCAACGGCGGCAGCAACGACGACGACGACGAUGUCUAUGAGAGCCAGGCCAGCCAGGCUGCUUCGGAGAUGCUGCGUCGCGACCCGCGCGAGAGCUUCGAGGUCGCCAGCUCUGCCGGGUCGCCUGACGGCACGCCGGCGCCGGCGGAGAAGAGUGCCAGGCUGCAGGCGAAGUUGUUCUCUGGCAUCACUAAGAGCGGUACGGACAAGCGCAAGUUCAGCAACGGCCACGGCCCCGGGCAGGACAUGCGGUCAGACAUGGUGAGCCCGCCCAAGAAGAUGCGUGUCGGUGGUCCCAUCGGUGAGAACCCGAAGGUCGGACUGGGCAUCCAAUACGGUUACAGUUGA